UGAGAAAGAGAGCGACUUCGAAAGCGCACUGCGGCGGUGCAGUAGUCUGAGCGAGACAGCGAACGGUAUCGGCACACACACGAGCACACGCAGGCCGACGGGACAGGCAGCCGCAGCAGAGCCGCAGAGACUGCAAAAUGUCUGGCAACGGUGGUGAAACGUUCGUCGUGCUUCCGCCGUGCACGGAAUCGAACCGGAAGCAGAUCAUCUACGGGCGCAACGGAACGGGAUCGCCUGAGCAGGUUACCGAGGUCGUCUACCUACCCACCGCGGACGGAAGCGAGCCGAUCACGUUGCCCAGCGGUUGCGAGAUUGCCGGAGCCGCCAGCUUCGGGGUCAUUCUGAACAAACCGGCCGGCAGCUGGGGUGCGGAGAGCGGAUCCAACGAGAAGGCAGUCACGAUCGGGCUGUCGUACAGCGAGCAGGGAGCAGGUGGAGAUGGCAAAGUGUCUGCGUUGGAUCUGGUUCGAUUGGGACUGGAGCGGGGCGAGAGUGCGCCCGACGCCGUCGAUAAACUGGUGGCGCUCGUCGAGCAACACGCACCGGAAGACCGUAACGCACUGAAGGCAGCCUUUGUAGUGUGUGACCCGGCAGCCGUUUGGUUGCUAAACGUAGCAGGCCAGUUCUGGGCGGCAAAGCAGAUCCAAGAAAGUAGCGUAGCGCUAGCGGCGACGGGUUUCACCAUCGGCGCCAGCUUCGAUCGUAGCACGGACGAUCUGGCAUCGAAGGCGCAGGCGGCCGGUGCGUGGGACGGUGCUGGUGAGUUUAGCUUUAGUGAGGCAUUUGGGGGCAGCCCGGCAACGGACGCCGCGCGUUCCUGGCCGGCCAAUGAGCCGGGCGUGGAGGGUGCGUUCGGGUUGAAGCAUAUGUUUGAAUGUCUGCGAGCGGUCGGAACGGAUCCACCGACCGGCCCGAGCCAUGUGUCCGUCUUGAGUGGUGAGGGCGAGCUCGCUUGCCACUGGUUCACGGCUACGCCGCAGGUGAGUGAGUCAGUCUUUAAACCGUUCAUCUUUACUGCCGGGGCAAAGAUUUCGCCCCUUACCCGGGUGCCGGAGGGCGAAGCCCAGACGUUGCUACAUCGGCUGCACAGCAACCGGAAGUGGGAGCUGGUCGGCAGCUUGCUUAGCUCGCUGGAAGCCACCUGCGUGGAUGAGGUGAACCGCUUCCUGAGCGAACACUCGGGCGAAGCUAGCCACGAGCUGGACGAACUCAUGAAAGACUGCGUCGAGGCGGAGGUGAAGUUCUAUCGCUAGAUGCUGCGAACCGGAACGUGUACACCCGAUUGCGUGCUCGCACAAACUGGCAACUUGAUGAAGCAAAACGGAAAGGGCGACCGAAUCCCUCGAUUCCGCGGGUGUGUCUCAGUGGUACGAGAGGUACAGUUUGGGGGUAACUAUAUUUGCUUGUAAGCUGCGUUUCGUGCGGGAAGGUGUGCUAAUCGUUCUCCUAUUUCUCAACUUCCCAAUGAUGCCUAGUAGGAACUGAGACUAAAACUGGCACGAAACUCAUUACUCUUGUAGGACAGUACUGCACUGCUGCGAUAUAUUAACAUUUACGAAAAACGAAACGGUAAGCCUUACGGACCACCGCUCUCCCGGUUAAUCGAAUCGUAAGGAGACCGUUUUUACAUCAUGUGAUUAUCUUUUGUUUGCUCUUGUGUGUACGUUUUGUAUGUGUGAGUGUGUGUGGUUUUUUUGUAUGUUUUGUUGUAUUGUUAAACAUUAAUUUUAUGUGCGCUCAUGCUUUUGCUAAAGGUCCGCAUUAUUUUACAGAUCUCCAGGGCUUAAUUUGCAUUUUUUGUCUUAUUGCCGUGUUAAUGAUUUGCUCUCAAACUGCAGUUAAUGACAAUUUUUGCACUGUAUUGUAAAGAAACAGUAUUGUACUUGUGACAUCGUGAGGUGAGAGAAAAUCACUCAAGUCACUGUUUGUCAAAUUGCAAAACCAAAACUGUGACCGAAGUUGCUAUUUUAGUAAGAAAACCAGAUUUCCUUAAACAAGUAUUCAUCGCAUUCUAAAUUGAAAUUGCAUUCCAAGAUAGGGCUUGCUCGUUAUUAUUUGCAUGACGUUUUAUAUGUUAAGUUAUCCUAAAAGGAUGUUAUUAUCUGUGUGUAUUUUCGCUGCAAAUGACGCUAACAACAUCGAAAUGUAUGGCUCCGUUCUUUCUCGUGGUUUGAAUGGCAAAAACAAAAAUCUAGCGCGUGUCUCAGUUGUAACAUUGUAACCCCUCUGUUAGAGUAUGAAUGUCAUUCCAUUCGAAUAAGCUGUUGGAGUAGCAGAUUAUAUUUGAAUUUAGCAUCCAUUCAGCAUUUGAUUUCAGCCAAAUAAUCAAUACUAGACUGCAGAUCAUCCCCGGUGUAGUGGUGCAAAGGCACGCCCAUUCCAACCUCUAUUGACACGUAGUAAUCGAAAACGAAACAAACCCUAGUUAUUCGCAUAAUAAUAUUCUCAAACUCGUAAACGAAAAAUGGCUUGAACAACAGUUUAACGAAUCGCGCAAAGUCCGCAAAGCAAAACAAAAAAAAAAAAAAAAGACGAUAAACAGUGGAGCUCGAAACUAUUAGACGAAAAGAAUGUGCUGAGAAAAGGUGGCAUACAAUAGGAACCAAUAUAAUAGCGAUGAAAUCGGAUGUUUUCUUUGGCUUUGAAAGAUUUCAAUACGAGACAGGCAAGGCAAUGUGGAUGAUAAUGCAUAAACUACAUAUACAUUUAUCAAUAAUAUACCCAAAUGCGAAAACCUAUGUCGGCCGAAUGCGCCAAAUGUGAUCGUGUGAAGCAACAACAAGAUCGUCUUCGUAAUGAACCAAAUAAUAAUAAAAAAAGACAUGAAAACUAUGUUUACCAAGAA